AUGGGUGUUUUCUAUCACGAGGAGGAGCAAGCAAAUCAUUCAAAGAGGUGCAAAUUUUUUGCAGCUAGUCUCAAGGAAGUGUUCUCCAACUGUCAAACUUUCGGCCGAACUCGAAGGGUUUCGUCCGCAAGACUUGAAGACGAGUUUCCAAUUAGUGAUCUUGAUGAAGAACAGCAAGUGAUUGUUUCGGCGAUUAGAAGCCGGGCUAUGGAGAAACAAAGGAACAAGCCAAGCCAAUUGAGAGAGAGUUUUUCUUGGGUAUAUUCUCCUGCAACAAGAGAACUGUGUGUUACUGAGAAAAUGAAACCACAAGCAAAUGAAGAACAAGGUGAACGAGAAGAAUUUUUGUCAGUUAAAAGCUGUUUCUCAAUGUAUUCAUCUUCUAGUGCUAAUGGAGAAGCAUUUCAUUCUGUGAAGACUAACCUUUCAAGAUGUUCAAGCUUGAAUGAGUUUGAUCUGUCAGAUUAUUGGAAGCGUUCGAUAAUUCAAGAGUUCGGUCAUUGCGAGGGAUGGCCUUUUGGUCUCUGCCGGAAAGCUGUGUUGCUUCCACCGCUGCCGAAGUCUCCAUCUGAAUCAUGGUUGUAUCGAAAAAUACAACCAAGUACCAAAGUUACUUCAAGUCUAUUAUCUGUACUUUGA